AUGUCCUCCGACCAGCCUCUAAUAAGAGAGAAAUCCUGGCUGUCAUAUACCUACGAAGGCCGCAAAGGAUGGAAGUCCCUCCGCGCCCUGAACCUCUUCCGGGCCAUGUAUCACGACGUGCGUCAAAGGCUGCCAUACUACUGGACUGAUAUCACUGAUGCAUGGACGUACCGCGUGGUCGCGAGUACGAUCCGGAUGUACUUUGUUAACAUGCUCCCCGCCAUCGCAUACACGCUCGACAUGUCCCGCUGCACCGGCGGAUUCUACGGCAUCAACGAGGCGCUCUUCUCGUCCGCGCUGGCGGCGAUGAUAUUUAGUGUGUUUGGUGCGCAGCCGUUGACCAUCGUCGGGAUUACGGGUUUGAUCUCGCCGUUUGGUGCCUAUGUUGGGAUUAUCUACUGCAGUAACACCAUGAUUGCCAUCCUGUACUUUCUCACCGUCUACGGCCUGGAACGGCUUGGCUCCAGUACUAUCUGGAAACCGUGGCUCAGGGGCUUAUUGGCCGACUACGCAUAUGUGAUUGGGACUAUCUUCUGGGUUGGCUUCUUGCAUAUACCUGGUAACUUCAAAGCAACGCACGUCUCGUUCGUCCUCGCCAACCGCGCCUUGUGCCCUACCCAGCCGCGCGGCUGGCUCAUCCAUUUCUGGGACCUCGGCCCUAACCGCCCUCCGAUAUCAUCCAGGCGCCCGUCCACACCGACUCCCCUAACCAUCUACGAAACCUCCAUCCGCACCAUCUCCACCUCCGAAGGCGAGGGCGCCGACAUCCGCCGCCCAAUCGUACCCGCCACCACCGCCGUCGAGCAACGCAUCUCGCAUUUCCUCAUGGGCCUGCUCAUCAUCGGCACCAUGACCCACCCGCUGUUGUCAAACGGCAUCCUCCAGAAACUCAUCUUCCUGGCGCGCGAGAACCGCUUCAUCCAGCGCGAUGAGUCGCUGCUGACAGUGCGCAGGCGCAAGAUCGUGCUGUAUAUUGCCUGCCAGGCGGUGGGUGUUGCAGCGACGGUGGCCAUCUCGCAGACGAUUGCGGCGAUUGGGUUCCCGAUUCUGAUCCUUGCGUUGAUUCCGUUUCGGGUGUGGGUAAUGCCGAGGUGGUUCAGUGCCGAGGAGCUGGAUGUCAUGGACGAUUUGACGGUGAAUAAUAGUGCGCCGCGGUUUCCGGGACAGCCUGAUAAUGAGAGGUUUGGCUUGGAGCGGGGCUAUUCGGAGCAGAGGUUUGGGUCGGCGAGGCUGAGGGCGGGAGGUAUUCAUCGCUAG